AUGGCAAAAGGCUCUUCCAUCUGGAUCGACCAGCUCGUUACGCUGCUCGGCCUGGACAAGGAAACAGCUCAGACCCAGAUUCUCCCCUUCCUCGACUCGUUCGACGAUGAGGCUUCACUCCGAACACACCUGCAAGGUCUAGUCGGCACCGACUCUCCGCUUGCCAAAUCGUUCGUGCGGGACUUUGUGCGCUCGCGCUUUCCACAGCAGGCAAGUGCAUCCGGGUCUACAACGCCCACUUUGCCAUCUUCAUCCGGAACAGCGCCGACGACGAACCCGAAAAGGCGUGGGAAAAAGACGUUAGCGGAGCGAGCUGGGAUCGGUCAGACGCUGCCGCCGAGAAAGGUGCAGGAGAGCGACGUCGAUGAAGAGGAGCAGAUGCAAAAGCUGGCAGAGGCAUUUGGCGGGAUGGGGACCGUGUACAGGAAGAAGCAGGAGGAGGAUGACUUUUUUGCAGGUACCAAAGGCAAGAAGCAGAAGCAGCCGGCACACAGACACGAAGCAUCGAUCACAACCAGCGCACCUCCAUCGCAGCUUGACUCCGCAUCAGCAUCCGAGAACACUCCAACAGAAGUACGGCAUGUAGACCCGACAUUGGCUGACGAGCCGCUCACGUCGACAUCACUCGCAAAAACACAGCCAUCACCGCCUCCCACAGCCGAGAUGCUCGCCAUCGAUGCCGUCGUCGAGGAGCUCACAUCGACGUCGUCUGCUUCAACAUCAUCGACGCUGCACCGCAAGAUGUGUUUCUGCCAGGGUCGUCGACACGCUCUCGCGCCCUACGCGCCGCUGUGCUACUCGUGCGGGCUCAUCUUAUGCUCUGCUAUCCAGCCUUCUCCCCUCAGCCCGCUCUCAUCCUGCCCGUCGUGCUCCUCGUCACCUCUGCUCGGUGCCGCCGCCCGAUCCGACCUCAUCGCCAAGCUCACCGCCGAACGAGAUAUUCUGUUCGACGAGCAACUGCUCCAGAUCCAGCUGCAACGCGAACAGAAGAAACUCAACAAGACCGCGGCGCGCAGCGCCAGGGAGCAAGAGGCCGCCCUGUUCCCUCAACUCGGCACGGAGGCGUCGAGCAUCGCCGCGGCUGCAUCUAGUGUCCCAAUGACUGCGCCGGUGAUGGGCAAACAUGGAGCGCUGCAGAAAGCAAAAGCGAUCGCGGGCGAUGCGCAGAGGACGGCAAAGGUGUUGAGUCUGGAUAUGAAGACGCACAAGGUCAAGACGCAUACCAAGGUUGCUAGGCCAAAACCGGCUCUCAAGCCGGAAGCAAGUACGAGAAUGGAAGAAGAGAAAGAGGAGGUGCAGGACCCGUUCGUCGGGCCAGACGGCUCGGCGCUGGUCAGGAACGAGACCGACGACGGGUUACGUGUCGAGCGGGCAGAGAGCGCGGAUCGUAGAGCGAAUGCGAAAGCCAAGGCGAGCAAAGGAGCAAUGGCCGUCCCUCCGCGAACGUGGAUCUUUGCCGGUCGGUCAUUCCAUGCACGACCUACACCACCUGUUCAGUAG